AUGGGAAAUGGGAAAUGGGAAAUGGGAAAUGGGAAAUGGGAAAUGGAAAUGGGAAAUGGGAAAUGGGAAAUGGGAAAUCAAAAAUGGGAAAUGGGAAAUGGGAAAUGGGAAAUCGAAAAUGGGAAAUGGGAAAUGGGAAAUGGGAAAUCGGAAAUGGGAAAUCAAAAAUGGGAAAUGGGAAAUGGAAAAUGGGAAAUGGGAAAAUGGGAAAUCGAAAAUCGAAAAUGGGAAAUGGGAAAUCAAAAAUGGGAAAUGGGAAAUGGGAAAUGGGAAAUGGGAAAUGGGAAAUGGGAAAUGGGUCAAUUGCUUUGUUAG